UACAAACCAACACUAAUCACACAUUACCGUAACAGGCUAAUACAAGCUAACCUGGACAGUCUGUUGCCUUUGAUUUUUCAAGCGGUCUAAAUUUCACAUUCGGAAGGAGCAGGACGAAAUAUUAAGACGCUGUGCAAAACGGGAAUCAAUAUUACCGACGUUCGCGGGUACCUCGACCUCUUCUUGCACGCAGCUCGCAGGAAGCGGUCUUUGGUUGAAAACUGAUCUUGGCUAGCGUCAGGCUAGCCAGCCAGCUAGCUGGCUGCUAACGUCGCUAGCGGUAGUUAGCUAGCUAGCUAGUGAGCUGUAGUAAGUUGCGCCAUGGAGGAGCUGGUUGUGGAAGUGAGAGGGACGAGUGGAGCCUUUUAUAAGGCUUUUAUCAAAGAUGUCCACGAGGGAUCUGUCACCGUGGCUUUUGAAAACAAUUGGCAGCCGGAACGUCAGAUCCCAUUCCAGGAUGUCCGCUUCCCUCCUCCAGCGGGCUUCAGCAAAGAGAUCAACGAAAGCGACGAAGUGGAGGUAUACUCCAGGGCUAACGACAAAGAGCCGUGUGGAUGGUGGCUGGCAAAGGUCCGCAUGGUGAAAGGAGAGUUUUACGUCAUAGAGUAUGCAGCAUGCGACGCCACCUUAAACGAGAUAGUGACUCUGGAGCGGUUACGGCCGGUCAACCCAAACAAACCCGCCACCAAAACCACCUUCAUAAAGAUCAGGCUGGAUGUUCCUGAAGAUCUACGGCAGAUGUGCUCCAAGGAGUCGGCGCACAAAGACUUUAAAAAGGCCAUCGGAGCGUUCGGCGUCACCUUUGACUCGGAGAAGAAGCAGCUGGUCAUUUUGUCAGUUAACGAGGUGACGACGAAGCGAGCCAACAUGAUGAGCGACAUGCACUUCAGGAGCCUCCGCACCAAACUGUCGCUCAUGCUGCGCAACGAGGAGGCCAGCAGGCAGCUGGAGAGUUCCAGACAGCUAGCGUCGCGUUUCCAUGAACAGUUUGUAGUUCGAGACGAUUUAAUGGGCCUGGCCAUCGGUACUCAUGGGGCCAACAUCCAGCAAGCCCGAAAAGUUCCUGGAGUCACCAACAUAGACCUGGAUGAAGAGACCUGCACCUUCCACAUAUACGGAGAGGACCAGGAUGCGGUGCGUAUAGCUAGGAGUUACCUUGAGUUUUCCGAAGAUGUCAUCAAAGUUCCCCGGAACUUAGUAGGGAAGGUGAUCGGCAAGAAUGGAAAACUGAUACAGGAGGUGGUCGAUAAGUCCGGUGUGGUCCGGGUUCGGAUCGAGCCAGAGAAUGAUAAAAAGAGCCCGGCGGCGGCGGCGGCAGCAGCAACAGAUGAGGGAAUGGUGCCGUUUGUGUUUGUGGGGACCAAGGAGAGCAUUUCUAAUGCAACCGUUCUGCUGGACUACCACCUCAACUACCUGAAGGAGGUGGACCAGCUGCAUCUGGAGCGUCUUCAGAUUGACGAGCAGCUGAGGCAGAUAGGAGGUGGGAGUGGAGGCGGGGGGCCCGGACCCCGAAACCCUAAAGACAAAGCCUACGUGUUUGAUAACAACAUGGGGAUGGGCCGAGGAGCAGGGAAGCCCUACGCUGGAGGUAGAGGUGGACGAGGACGGCGAGGGGGAGGAGCGGCGUUCACCUCAGGCACCAACUCAGAAGCAUCCAACGCUUCAGAGACCGAGUCGGACCACAGAGAGGAGCUCAGUGAUUGGUCCCUGGCGCCCACAGAGGAGCUGAUGACAGGAGGCGGGACCCUGCCCCGGCGGACCGAUGGGAGGAAGAGAGCGGGAGGCGGAGGAGGUCUGAGGGGACGCGGUGGGAGAGGGAGAGCAGGGGGAGGUUAUAAAGGUGAAGAUGUGCAGUGGAGCGAGCCAAGACCUCGUCACAUCAGAGACCCUAAAACAAGAGCCCAGGAGGACACCUUACAGAUCCGUGUGGAUGGAAACAACGAGCGGAGCGUGCAGCACUCCUCAGGUGGGCGAGGAGGAGGAGCGGGGCCUUCCUCAUCCCAGAGUGGCGUCAGCCCGGACGGCCCGCCUCGCCAUCACCACCAGAGACCCGUGAGAGAACGAGGGAUGAAGAAGGACAAACCGGACGCUCCUGCACUGGUGAACGGAGUGUCAUAGGUCCACCGACAGAGGAGCUCCUGGCCUGCACACACUCUCAGACACACACACCUCUUCCAUCUUUACGCUUCGCUCCGUCAGCACGGACGCGCUUCUGUUGUCCUGAACCAGAGCAGGUCAGCUCGGGUUCAGGACAACAGAAGCAGGGUAUAAGAGGCGUGCUCUCUAACCUGAAACUCACGCCCAUGAGAAAUUUUUAUUUGUCUUUGCUCAAAUCGGUGGAAUGUUCCUUUGGGAGGAGUCGCUGAUGUUGCGGCGAAGCGUUUCCUCUUCUCCGUUUAACAUUCUCACUGACGGAGCUCCUUUUGAAGCCCAGUAACCUCACUGGAUUUCAACUCACAACCCCGACAUCUCCAAGUCAGCAGCAGCUCCGUGAAUCUGUCCAGCAGAGACGAGGACUCCAGGGACACCGCCCACCGGGGUCCAGGUGUUUUCGGGCCUCCCCACACCUGGGAGAGGUGUGGUUGAGGGAGAACGUUGCAGAUGGCACUUUAUGAUUUCUAUUUCCUUUGCAGAAUAAAACCAAACAGGUGUGUGCUCCUAAAGCUCACCCUGUCAUCCAAGUGUUGUUUGACUAAACUUUAUUCAGAAACGGGACGAACAGGGGGCGUGGACUUCAGGCGCGGUGAGGGGAUUCGCUGAGAAGCGGGUGUGUGUUUGGGUCGUAGCUGGGUGUGGCCCUUCGGGUCGCCGCCGUGAGGAUCAGAGAGAACCCGCUGAGGCUCCAGUCCCAGGUCUUCACCCUGACGUCGGUCCUAAAGACACUUUGGUUCGUAGCUCUGCUGAUGAACGAAGUGAACAAGCCCGUUGAUCUCACACACACCAGUUAGAUCUGUUCUCCUGCUUCUCCACCUGGCCCUCCUGCUCCACUCUGAUGUGAUCGGGACGUUCUGGCUGCUUGUCGUGGAUUAAAAGCCGAGAUAUUCUUCCAGCUCUGACCGAGUCGGUAAACUAGUCGCCGUGUGGUUUCCAGCUGCUGAUGGCUCCCUUUAGCUCCUCAUUUAUCCUCCUCUGUGUUCGUGCCUUUGAGUUUUGUCCCUUUAGAAACAGAAGCUACUUCCUGUCUUUAUCCUCCUAGAACUUGAUGUUUGAGACUUGAAUGAUCUAGUUUUGAUUCCUCUGAUCAGGCGGAGCUGUUUGGGACUCCAGACAUGCUGCUGCUGCUGCGUAAACCGGUGACUUCAGACUCUGACGUCUUGGUAGAGGUCAGUAGUUCACACAGCAGAGGGCAGUUUUAAACGUAAAACAGCCUCUGAAGGUCCUCCCCACUGCGUCGGUGAUCAGACCGCCUCCGCUCGGACAGCAGGACUGGAGGUGGUUAGUGUGUGUGUGUGUGUGGGGGGGGUGUUAGUGGGUUUAUGACAAAUGGCGUGAAUAUUGAAUUUGAGUCUUUUUACUUAAUGAAAUGUAUAAACAAAUAUUUUAGGGGUUUUCUGUGCGUUGGUGAGAUUUUUGUCUCCUUAAAACUCAUCCAGAGCUUCAGUGCUUAUUCAGAUGUGAGCUCGGUGUUGAUCGUGUAGUCAGCUGGUUUUAGUUACUCCAGUAGGAUAAGUCACGUUAGCACACACACACACACACCUUUGCCCCCCCCCCCCCCCAAAAAAAAGAAAAUAAAACAUCAAAAGGAAAUCAUCACAGAUUUAAAAUCCGCACAAACGUUACAAAUAGAACGGUUAAUUCAACACACAUUUAAUAGCCCCCCCCCAUCACACACACACACACACACACACACACACACACACACUUGUUGUGAACCAAACUGGAGAAGCAACUAUGUUUAAGUCAUUUAUACAUCUUUAAGAAAACAAACAUGGUAGCUUCCUGAACAGCCUCUGUUGGGAGAAAUUGCAAAUUCUCUACCAGAUUAAUAAGCUAACAGCUAGUUUGGUCGUAUCACUGCUGCUUUCAGCUUUGCCGUUUCUGGUAAUCGUAAGCGAUUCCUCCCGUUUUGUCCCAUAGCUGCCCCAGAGAUUAACCCCCUAAAAGACCUCAGAAGGACAAAAUAAGAAGUAUUUUCUUGUAAAAUGGAUGGCGGUGUAAAGGCUUGGAGGAUAGCCAUUCUUUUCUCUAAGCUGAGGCCGUUCCGGAGGCCAUCACUGGAAGUGGUGACACUUCUCCAUCAGUUAAGCUGUAUCUAACGUAGGAUUUAAAAGAAUCCAGAGCAGAGUUGAUUUUCCAUAAAGAAGGAAAAUAACGCUGUGAUGGAGCUCACAGGGUGGAAAUCACUGCUGAAGAGGUGGUGGGAGUGGUUCUGACUCACCUGAGCGGAUCAGGCCCCAGGUGUUACUGGUUCAGGAGAAGCAGCGCCUUUAGGUCUGGGCUGUUGAUGGUUUUGGUCUAGUUCAUCUGGACCACCUAAGAAUUUCAAACCAACACAAUAAGAGCUGCUUAUAACGGAGCUCUUCACCUUUGUAGUCUAGUGAUGCAUGCACAUCUCUCGUUUCUGUCUAGAUUUCUGAUCUAACGUCCACUCUGAGCAGAGUCCGUCUGCAGACGUCAGACCGGCGUCUCAUCUGAGACUAGAAACCCGCCUCAGACACACACGGACCGUUACAGGAAACGAUAACACCAGUCUCGCUUCAGAGCAGCAGCCUCUAGUCUCAGUCGAGCAUUUCCAGUAUAGCUGAUUAAUAAAAUCCCAGAAUGGACAGAUGGUAACGAGGUUGCCAUGUGGUAGGUGUAGAUUUGUACAAAUGUGAACUUACUCUUAUUUUGUUCUUGCUGUUUCAUUCCAAGUUAAAGGCUAAGAACUAUUGACCGUAAACUUCCUACGAUGUCUAGAAACGUCUCCUCCUCAGCAGGAUGGAGUCACAAAUCAACACGGCGUCAGCGAGGGGGGGGGGGGGUGAAUCUGUGAAGCUAAACCUAAUGGGAUGAUUAAAGCAUGAACUUGAUCAGCAGCCUUAAGUUGCGCCUCAUUUACACUGAGUGUGGAAUGGAUGCGGUGCGGUUUCUACAGCUUCCAGGUGGACUGCAGGUCAUGUUCUGACAUCUGCUCACACAAGAGGACCAAGGGAUUAGACACUUUAACUUGAUGCGUUUGAAGACAUUCCUGUAAAAAUAUCACACGCUGAAACGAUAUGUGUCACAAAUCACUUUUAAAAAGCCAACAUGAGUUUUAUUUAGUAAUAUGCUGGAUUCACCUCACUCAACCACGUCUCACUUCCUGUCUGGUUCAUGUAGUUCCUUAAUGAUGAUCCACAUGCAGAGUGCAGAAAAAAUAGCCUUUGUGUAGAAACCUUCAGCAAAACCACGAUCCGUUCCACGCCUGGUGUGAUGCCUCGUCUACACCGAGUACAGCUUCUGGGCGGACUGCUGUUCACACCGACCGCAGAUUAAGUGCAGUGUGUCUCUGGAAAUGUGCGCCCACCAGAACCCUAACCCUAACCCUAACCAGCCCACGCAAGUUCACUUUAGAAGUCUUGAGAACACUUUUAAGGAUAUAAAAACGUUCAACGAUGAUGAAAGCGAAACAUCCGGUUGAAAAUGCAACCGGUUUUAUUUUUGAACAUACUGGAUGCACCACUGGCACACAUCUAACUUCCUGUCUGGCUCAUAAUUUCUAGAACUUCAUGAAACUCUGCAUAUGGCGUUGAUGAAAAAGACUCUUCAGGGAAACUUCCGCCCCCGGUGUAAAUGCUCCAGUUGGGCUCAGUGAUCUUUGGUCUUUGCGGUAUUCCGAUUCUGGUCCAUUCCGCUCUCAGUGUAAAGGAUGCUGUGACUGUUCAUUAUGUUUAAUUCAAGUUAAUAUUGGGCAGCAAUACGUUUUCCGUCAUGUUAAGCUCUGUAUCAUGACAUUGUACACCUUCAAAAGCAACGGUAGGCACAAUAUUACCACUGGCACUAAUGAGAUGUCACAGUUGAUCAAAUAUUCGCUAUUUUUGUGAUGAGAUGCUUGGAUUCAAUCAAAUCCCGCCACGAUAGUACACGGCUGCAGACCCAGAGACUGCAGAUUCACGCCGACAUGUCCCACUCAGCUGUGGACGUGCAACAGAAAAGAGUUUCAGUUAAUUUUACUGCUUUUUUUAUGACUUAAUUUUAUCUUUAAAUGUAGUUGUUUGCUUGGAAAUGUUAACUUUACCCAAAAGAGUUUGUCAGUCCUUCUGAAGUAAACUACGUCUCGUUCCCGAGUGUUUUAAUGUGACACAGUUGGUGUUUUCCGCUGCCGAGUCAGACUCGAGUUCUGCUCCUAGACCUGUUGAACAAUCAGAACCAUCGACGUUAAAACCAGCACAAGUUUACUGAGCAUUCGUCUAUGACCCAUCCGACUGGUGGACGUACACUCAACAAACAUAUGAAUGCAACACCUUUGUUUCUGCUCCGAUUUUUCAUGAGAUGGACCUAAAGAUGUAAAAUUCAUUCCAGAUACACAAUAUUACCAUUUCUCUCAAACAUGGUUCACAAAUCAGUCUAAAUGUGUGAUAGUGAGCACUUCUGCUUUGCUGAGAUAAUCCAUCCCACCUCACAGGUGUGCCACAUCAAGAUGCUGAUCCGACAUCAUGAGUAGUGCACAGGUGUACCUUAUACUGCCCACAAUAAAAGGCUACCCUUUUAAGGUGUUGCGUUUAUAUGUUUGUUGAGUGUAGUUACCAUUAUAAUUAAGUCAGUAUGCAACAUUUUUCUUAACGCUAAUAGCUUGAGUCCAGUGGUGUUUAGCUUAUUAUAGUGUAGUUUAAAAAGUAAAAACGUGUUUAGAGUCUGUCCAAACUGUAAAAAAAAAAACGUCUUUAUUCUGAAAAACCAUUAAAUGUGGUCUGUCCCUGGGUCGUGUUGAGGAACUAAAAUGAUCAAAUUCUCUAAAACGAUUUCACGUAGUAAGUUUGGAGUGGACUCUUUCUUUUGCAAAUGUUGGGUUGGAAUCAGUGGAGCCUCAUCCUAAAGGCAGAAGAUUUCUAGCUUGGAUUAGUUUAGUUAAGCAUGAAAGAAAACGUAAACCAGACGAGGAGCUCAGUCCAGACUACACGCUUCCUUUUUCUAUAUUGUCUGUCUACCAACUGUUGUGAGGCUUGCUCAGAGUGACUUUUCGCUGAACUCUUUCUGCUCGCGGUUCUCGUACCGACUAACCACCCUCUGAGACCACAGAAAGUUCAUGUCGGGCUGAUUUGAAACACGGAGCUUCGUUUCAUUUGUUUCAAGUAAAUAAUGUGUUCUGACGGAUUUUCCCUUUUAAUUCCAGUUCUGAAAAUGAUCCAUGGACUGUCUUGUUUUCUAUGUAUUCGGACCAAAACACGUUAGCCUCUUUCCGUUGACAGCCACAUUAAGGAAUAACGGUUGUGUGGCAUGACUCUGAGCCCUCGUUACUCUGACAACGGUGCUGGUUGUGAGAAUGAGAUGUUCUGGAGGUUUUGUCUCCCAUCAGCGCUCCUGUCACGCCAGUGAAACGUUCCAACUGCUUCGACCUUCUUACUGGUUAACCGUGCCUCCUAACAGCAGGUUAAGACCGGAUCCUAAACCAGCUCUGGACAGAUGUUUAAUGGCUUUUUCAUGUUCUGGUUGGGUGAUGAGCGGCGUCACUAGGAAACGGUCAUUCUAAACUGAGGCUUGUACUAUUGUGGAAAAUGUAAAUAAUAAAAGCACUAAAAUGAUAAAAGACCUGUUGCAUGCAGACCAGUUGGGGUCUCAGAGGAAACGGUGCGAGGGAAGCAUUUACUCUCCUACAGUAUAACUUACUGAUUGUGACGUUGUUUUGCAGCUCUGCUGUUAACUAGUGACCUGCCAUGUAAACCACUAACCUGAGAUUAGUACAGUUCAUGGCAUGUGAAUCACCUGACCUCUGGUAUGACCUUGCAGCUAUGACAACAUGCACGGAAACGACAGAUGUCCUGAUCCGUAGCGGUCGGUACCUUUUAAAACCCAAUGUGUUCCGAGUGAUGCUUUUGCUGCACAUUUCAGGCGGCGCCCCACUAAGUACCACCAAACUGUCUUAACAGUGAUGACGGAUUCUGGAGCAGGAAUGUUUCCUGGAAAUGGCGAAUCACUGUAAACUCACCGGUGUCUCACUCUGACUCUGUCAGUAGGCGGGGUUGUUAUCGAUGUCGAACAUUCUUGGACCUUUUUGGCAUCACGGUGGUGAUAGAACUGUUAAAAUAAAAAAAAAAUCUUGGGUGUGUAUGUCAUGUAAUGAUAAAGGUGACAGUCAUAAGUCAGGAAUGCUAAUGUGUUAGCUUGGGUGGUUUGUAAAAGUAGCCUAACCUCAAAGUGUCAUCCUACCCAACGCUGUCCACUCAAAACGUCAAACUGACCCUAUAAACGAGAAAGUGUCGAGACACAAAGGAAAGCCCAAGGAUCGCCAGUGUGACGUUCCCGAUCAGUUCCUUUUAACUGUGAUCCAGUCAGAGGUUACCGUGUUGCAUCCCUCUCUUAUGAAACGUAUCCAUGUUGGAGUUGCACCAUGGUUUAUGGGAUUCAAACAAGGAUCGGGUGAAUCAAAACUGUGCUUGUUGUCGGUCCAAAUGUCAGCGUACACGUAUUUGUAGAAUGUAACAUCGGCAAAUACUAACUGAACACAUUGUGGGCUACUCAACAAUAGAGUGCUAAAAAUAUUUAAGAAGAAAAAGUAACGACUUGCAGAGAAUCUGUAGAUACUUCAACCAGGGUAUUUCAACAAAAGCUGUAAAACCUUGUGUGCACUUUUUUGGCAUUUUAAUGUUUGUUUUCUUUUGUACAUACUACCUGCGUUUCAGAUGUUCAGGUUGACAUGUCUGGUUAUAGUGGAAUAUAUUUUGUAUGCAAGCAGUUUCAAAUAAAUAAAGGUUGAUCUUCCUGAGGUUGA